UUCGAUUUUCUUUUACAAAGGCAGCUACUACAUUGCACGUCCAAAAAACAACCAAUCUACAGUUAGCACAUUAUCUAUACAAUGGACACAAACGCAGCCUUAUUGUAUGCAGUUUUGGUAUAUGGCCGAUGCCAGAUCGUCAAUAAAAGUUUGCCGUACAAAUAAAAGCAAUUCAACGAUCUGUCUUUGGAGCUCACCCAAUACAACCAAUAAGGAAUGGACUUUUGGACAAGUCGAGAUAUCUGGGUAUGAGGGCGGAAACGUAAUAAUUGUUGGCAAUGCCGUUGGAGAUUCCCCAGGAUUGGAUGAUCUUACUUUUAUUGAAACUCCAUGUUCUCAAGUUAUUUCACAAAGUAAUCCAUCGUGUUAUUUUGAUGUUCUUCAACCCUGUCCCAUGAACAUAGACAAGUCAUGGUUGCUAACGACGUAUAAGGACCAACAAGGUGCGAACAGCUUCUAUUUAAACUUAGACUUUCCAAGCAAUUCGUCUAACAAGAUAUCAAGCCAAGCUUUCAGCACGCUAUCACAUGGAUGGAAAUGUUUACGCUUUUGGAUGAGCAGCCCAAGCAAAUAUAGUUCAAAGAAACUGGAUGUUAUUUAUAAAAGCGAAAAUAAUACGAUAUCUGGUAUUAGCUUUACAUCAGUUACACCAGGGUGGGUUUACCUUCAGUCACCAAUACCAAGAGAGGAAAACAAUUUAAAGGUAAAUAAAGCUUAACCCUUUAACGUCCGCUUUAGACAUUAUCGGUUUUUAG